GCGCCACAGGCAGCGAGCGAAGCCAGCUCCGGCUCUCGAUUUAUAGUUCCAUUCUUCAAUAGAAUUGCUGUUUUUUAAGGCAUUUAAAUGGUGGAGUAAAAUCGUUUGAUAAAAUGACGAAUUAUGCUCAUUUUCAAACACAGAUAACCACCAUUAUGGAAAUAGUGACAAAAUCAGCGAUAUCAGAAAUUACUAAACUGUUUGACGACAGUUCCUCAGUUUUGUGUUUUGAAAUAUCGAGGAGUUUACAUGAGAAUGAAGCGCUGAAAAAGGAACUACAGUUGCUGCACCAUGAGCUGAGGACAGCGCGACGGCAGAGAGAGGGAAUAGCAAGAGCGCGUGAGAGUCCUGUCAACACUCGAUCUGUAGGAGUUCAGGUUUUAACGGAAAAUGAGGAUGUGUUGUUACCGAAUGAUAUUUGUGAAGUGGAAGAGCAGCACAGAGAGAGAGUUUUUGGGCAGGAGUGCAGCUUCAGCCUGAGAAGAGAUGGAGAACCUGCAGGUGUGGAAGAGUCUGCAAACAAGGAGAAGGUCAGGACUGAACCAGUUCUUAUCAAGCAGGAGAAAUUGGAAGAGGACUUGUGUUACAGUGACCCACAGCCCACACCUGUAGAAGAGGAACAGGUAAUACAGCCCACACCUGUAGGAGAUGUGAAGAAACCGGACACAGAGCCCACACCUGUAGGAGACCCAGAGGAGCUGAGUGAGCAGCACAGGUGUGGACACGGUGAUGAGGAGCUCAGUGGACUGGAGUUUGUGGUGAAGGCAGAGCAAGAGGAAGAGCAUGUAGCCCAGAGACUCAAUCAGACAGGAUGUGAACCCAGUGCAGGAAGACUCAACAAUCUGGGCUCUGAGUAUGUAAUGUAUGAGAGAGACAGUCAGCUGUGGACUUCUUUUACCCAAGGGGACAGUGAUGUAGAGACUGAGGAUCCAGUUUGUUCUAACACUACAGAAAAUUUCUCACAGAAUCUAUCAAUUCACACACAGCUACAACAUGCUCCGGCCACCAUGGAAGUCUCUGGAAACACACUGCCCUCUUUUGGGGCUUCAUAUGUUGAGGAGUUUGAUCAGAUUGGUGAGAAUCAGACAUUACUGCCCCAGCAGCAGCAACAUGGACCCUCAGUAAAACACACGAGAGGCAGUGAGAGCCCAGCCCAGCCACACUCAGGCUCUCAGUAUGAGACCAGCUCUACUCUGAGUACCAGGGUUUUCAACACUGGGAAGAAGGGCAAGACUUAUGGACAAGCUCACUUUGGAAAGAAACCAUUCAUUUGCACAUAUUGUGGGAGGAGUUUUGAUCGCUGUAGUCAUCUCAUCACACAUCACCGAAUUCACACAGGAGAGAAACCGUACUGCUGUACGCAGUGCGGGAAGAAUUUCAAUCGCAAAGGUAAUCUUGUACAACACGAGAGGGUUCACAGCGGAAAUAAGCCGUUUGGUUGCACACAGUGUGGGAAGAGAUUCACUCGAGGAGCUACCCUUCGAGCGCACCACAGAUGUCACACAGGAGAGAGACCGUAUCACUGCACCCUGUGUGGGAAGAGUUUCUCUCACCAGAGUAAUCUUGUUGCGCAUGAGAGGAUUCACACAGGAGUGAAGCCAUACAGUUGUAACUAGUGUGAGAAUACUUUUCUUUCAAAGGUCCUUCAAACCCAGAAGACUUCACUGUUGAAGUAAAGUUCUGAUUGAAAUGGUAUAUAUAUAUUAGUGAUCUGUAUAUUAGCAAUAUACACUCACUGAGCACUUUAUUAGGAACACCUGUACCCCUACUUAUUUAUGUGAUUAUCUAAUCAGCCAAUAGCAGUGCAAUGCAUACAAUCAUGCAGAUACGGGUCAGGAGCUUCAGUUAAUAUUCACAUCAACCAUCAGAAUGAAGAAAAAAAAUUAUCUAAGUGACUUUGAAUGUGCAAUGAUUGUUGGUGCCAGACAGGGUGGUCUGAGUAUCUCAGAAACGGCUGCUUUCCGGGGACUUUCAUGGACAACAGUCAAGAGUUUGCAGAGAAUGGUGCGAAAAACAUCCAGUGAGCAGCAGUUCUGCGGGCAGAAACGCCUUGUUAAUGAGAGAGUUCAGUGGAGAAGGGCCAGACUGGUCAAAGCUGACAGGAAGGUGACAGUAAUGCAAAUAACCACACAUUACAACAGUUGUAUGCAGAAGAGCAUGAAGAGCAUCUGAACACACAACCCGUCAAACCUCUAAGUAGAUAGGCUACAGCAGCUGAAGAUUUCCUCAGUCUAAAUAAUCAGUCUAAUGAAUAGCUAUUAAAGUGCUGACUGAGUGUAUUCGGGUUAAAAAGACAAUUUCUUCAGAAACAUCAUGAAAUGUGACCAUAUCACACUCAAGUGUUACCCUUCAUGUGACUUUCAUAAUAUAUAAAUUGUUUUAAUCUAAAAUUGUAGUUUUGACUUCUUUUUUGUUUGAGCUGAACAUCAGCACUCCCCCACCCAGAAGAUGGAAGGCACCAGAGGCAGAAACCAUGCUAGCCCUGUCAUACUUGCAAUCCUGCUGCUAUACUGCAGUUUUGAUACAUUGAAUUGCACAAUAAAAGGUUCCAUGUGUGUUAUAUGAUCUGACAAGGA